AUGGCACCAGCAAUGCUUGAGACUCCCAACAUUGCGGAGAACUUCAACGACCACAAAGACGGUCUCGCCCUCGAGGCAACCGACGAUGCCGUCCACGAGGUCAACCUCCUCAAGGCAGAGAUGCGGGUGAAGAACGGCACCGCAACCCAAGAGGAGAUCGACAUGUACGAGAAGUCCAAGUUCGACGAGGACAAGGACAAGACCCAGUUCCGCAACUACGAAGACGCCUGCGACCGCGUCAAGAAUUUCUACAGAGAGCAACACACCAAGCAAACCGUCGCCUACAACCUCAAAGCCCGCAGCGACUUCAAGUUCAAGACUCGUGCGGAGAUGACUAUCUGGCAAGCCAUGGAGAAACUCAACGAGCUCAUCGACGAGUCCGACCCAGACACAUCCCUCAGCCAGAUCGAGCACGCCUUCCAAUCCGCCGAGGCCAUCCGCCGCGACGGCAAGCCACAAUGGUUCCAGCUCACCGGCCUCAUCCACGACCUCGGCAAACUCCUCUUCUUCUACGACGCUCAAGGCCAGUGGGACGUCGUCGGCGACACCUUCCCAGUCGGCUGCCGCUUCAGCGACUCCAUCAUCUACCCGGGCUCCUUCGAGGAGAACCCAGACAGCAAGGACCCUAUCUACAGCACCGAACACGGCAUCUACCAGCCCGGCUGCGGCAUGGACAAUGUCAUGCUGAGCUGGGGCCAUGAUGAGUAUCUUUACAACAUUUGCAAGGACCAGAGUACCCUUCCAGAUGAGGCGCUGGCUAUGAUCAGGUACCAUUCGUUUUACCCGUGGCACAGUGCUGGGGGGUAUAGGUGGAUGAUGAAUGAGAAGGAUGAGAAGAUGAUAGGCGCUGUUAAGGCUUUUAACCCGUAUGAUCUUUAUAGCAAGAGCGAUGGGUUGCCUGAAAAGGAGACUUUGAUGGCGUACUACAAGAACUUGAUCAAUGUUUACUUCCCACCGGGAGAGGGUGAGACUGAGAAGGUUAUCAAGUGGUAG